AUGCUUUUUUGGCACAGCCAGCCCGAUCAUUACUGGCCAAGUCCGGGAGAAAUGUACCCUUGCUCUGGCAGCAAUCUCAUAAGAGAGCCACUGGCACUGCCUUUCCUAAAGCAGGAAGAACCAAACAAUAUCUCAACGUCAGCCGAGCAGCACUGUCCAUCUUUCCAAUAUAUUCUGUGUGCUGUUACCUCUCCAGCUGUCAAACAGCAUGAGGAGACUCUCACCUAUCUCAACCAAGGGCAAUCAUAUGAAAUCCGGAUGCUGUGUAAUCCCAAAAUAGGAGAAUUUGCCGAGGGACGGAAGCUGCUGAAGAGUGUAAUCAGGGUGGUCUUCCAUGACCGAAGACUACAGUACACAGAACACCAACAAUUAGAGGGAUGGAGAUGGAAUAGGCCAGGUGACCGCAUCCUGGAUAUUGAUAUCCCCAUGUCUGUGGGCAUUCUGGAGCCCCACAUGCCCUCCACCUUGCUCAAUACUGUGGAAUUCCUGUGGGACCCAACCAAGCGCACUUCGGUCUUUGUGCAGGUCCAUUGCAUUAGUACUGAAUUCACACUUCGUAAGAAUGGUGGGGAAAAAGGGGUCCCCUUUCGCAUCCAGGUGGACACCUUCAAGUCCAAUGAGAAGGAUGAACACGUGGAACACUUGCACUCCGCCAGCUGUCUCAUCAAAGUCUUCAAGCCCAAAGGAGCCGACCGGAAACAAAAAACAGAUAGGGAGAAGAUUGAAAAACAGUCCCUUCAGGAGCGGGAGAAGUACCAGCCUUCCUAUGACAGCACAGUAUUAACAGAGUGUGCCCCAUGGCCUGAAGUUUCCAGCAGCCUCCACAGUCCUCCAGCAACGCCCGGUCUUGUCUCUCCACACCCCUUCAAGCUUCAGACGCCUGAAAGGGUCUGCUCCUCACCCGGUUAUGCCUUGGACAGCUCAUCGGAGAGUGUGGCGGAGACCCUGAGUCCAAGUGCCUCCAUUUUGGAAACUCAGCAGUGGUUGCUUAAAAACAGGUUCUCCAAUUAUUCCCGGGUUUUUGCCAGCUACACAGGAACUGAUUUGCUCAAACUCUCGCGCACUGACCUUGUACAGAUCUGUGGAAUGGCAGAUGGAAUCAGACUUUCAAAUGCUCUAAAAGCUAGGUCUGUGCGCCCUCGUCUCAUUCUUUAUGUGUCCAAGGAAUUGGAAACAAGUGGGAACAAUGCCUCCCCAAACCCAGCAUCUGUGAUAUACCAGGAGUUAUAUCUGGAAGAACUGACUGCCACGGAGCUGACUAAUAAAUUGGCAGAACUGCUUAGCCUCCCAGUCAAUCAGGUCCAGCAAGUUUCCAAACAGGGGCCUACAGGAAUUCACAUCCUCGUCAACGAUCAGAUGGUCAGAAAUCUUCCAGAUGAAUCAUGCUUUGUAGCGGCUGUAACAAAAGUACAGAAUGCAGAAGGCUACCAUUUAGUUCUAAAAUAGACUGGGACCUUCUUGGCGGUGUGCUGCUGGCCUGCAAGAAGAUGGGGAUCUGAAAGACGCAAAAGCAGGUGCAAUAAGAAUAUUAAUAGCAAUAUCCCACAAGUUCACUGUACACCAAUGAACUCAAGGUGGACAUCAUCUGGAAUGGAUUUUAGCAACAGGAAUCUGUAGCACGAUAAACUACAGGGUUGGGGUUUUUUUUCAUAAUUUUUGCCCCCCCCCCAAAAGUGGCAACCCCGACACCCCACUUACAUACAGAUUCCAAAGCAUGGAGUAUAUUAUCAACUGGUUAUGCAAUAUUCUGCAAGCAAAAUGGCUACUUUGUAAUUAUCAGUCUCUCAUGACGUUAUUGGCACA